AUGGCUGGGAAACACACUUUCAUCAAAAGCCACCUCCGUUGCAAAGUGUGUUCAAAGAUUUUCAGAGAGCCUGUAACCCUGACCUGCAACCACAGUUUCUGUUCAAGCUGCCUGAAAACAUUCUGGGAAAAGACUAAGAAAAAAAACUGUCCAACUUGUAAAUGCAGAGAUUCGAAAAAAGAUCCUGGAAUUAACUUUCCUCUGAAGGAGCUGGCUGAUUCCUUUGCUCAGAGACAGAAAGCAUGGACUGUAUGCAGUGAACAUGAAAAAGAGCCCCAACUGUUCUGCGUGGAUGAAGACAAGCCCCUGUGUCCUGUCUGUGAUUUUCCUCACCACCAGAGUCACAGAGUGAUUCCUGUAGAAUCUGCUAUUGACGUCCUGAAGAUUGAGCUGAAAUCUGACUUAAAGUCUCUGCAGGACAAGAGGAACAAAUACAAACAAGUGGUGAAAACAUACAAUGAAAUGAGUGAACACAUCAAGAAGCAGCUGUUGUCCACAGAGAGGCAGAUCAGAGCAGAGUUCAACAAGCUCCAGCAGUUCCUGAAAGAGGAAGAGGAGUCCAGACUGGCAGCUCUGAGGGAGGAAGAGGAGCAGAAGGGGAGGACUAUCAGCAGAGAGAUGAAGAUGAUUGAGGAGCAGAUCUCCUCUCUGUCAGACAGCAUCUCUGCUGUUGAAGAAGAGCUGCAGAAACACAGCGUGCCAUUCCUCAGCAGUUAUAAAGACACUCAGAGCAGAGCCAGAGCCCAGAGCUCAGUGUCAGAUCCACAGCUGGUCUCAGGAGCACUGAUAGAUGUGGCCAAACACCUGGGCAACCUGUCCUUCAGAGUGUGGGAGAAGAUGAAGGAGAAGGUCCACUUCAGUCCUGUCAUUCUGGACCCAAACACUGCAAACCCAGUUCUCUGUCUGUCUGAUGAUCUGACCAGUGUGAGACUUGGAGACACAAAGCAGCAGUUUCCUGAUAAUCCAGAGAGAAACACUAAUUAUACCAAUGUUUUUGGCUCUGAGGGCUUCAGCUCAGGGAAACACAGCUGGGAGGUGGAGGUGGGAGACCAUCCUGACUGGAAUCUGGGUUUAGUUAAAGAGUCAGUUGACAAGAAGAGAGAGUGUUUUGCUUCACCAAAAUGUGGAAUUUGGUGUUUAGUGCAUCACAGUGGAAAAUACACUCAUAGUGAUGGUCAGACUGUGACAGUGAAGAAGAGUCUCCAGAGGAUCAGAGUCCAGCUGGACUAUGACAGGGGGGAGGUGUCCUUCUAUGACCCUGAAGACAUGACUCACGUCUACACUUACAGAGACACUUUCGCUGAGAAACUCUUCCCAUAUUUUCAUAUUUGGAAGGCAGGAAAUGCCAAAACCUCUCAUAUCAAAAUCUGUCAGACUGAGAUGUGA